AUUACGGCUCAUGCUUUUAUUGUGAACAUGCCCAGUCGUAACAUACUUAGCUUGGAAUUGGCCAAGAUCCGACUUUGGCAGAAUUGCCAAGAUGACUCAGGAAAGCCCACCUGCGCUAUGAGCAAGAUGAUGGUUGGAGUUGAAGUGCAUACUCGAGCACCAGCUUUUGCCCCUGCGGAGAAAGUGUGCCCCAGACUGUUACCACUGCUUAUCAGUAGUCGGCCAGGAAUCGAUCCAACUCUUUUUAGGGCUUUCCAGGAUGACCACCGUAAGUUGUGGGCUAAGUGGGGUUUCUGACCAUCAGCCUGUGUACCUGCAUGCAGGUUGUGUCAGAAAUGACCAAAUAAAAGAACUCGAGCUGAUCUCCACCCGCAGUAAGGUGGUUUUACUGCACACCCGCCCAUCAUGUACACUUACAGUGUCAUCGCUCUCACGCUGGUGAGCUAUGUCCUCUGUCAAGGCAUUUACAACCGCUACUUCCAUCCACUCCGCGCAUUUCCCGGUCCUUUCUGGGCCUCGGUGUCCGACUUCUUCAAACUCUGGAUUCUGCACACCAAGCAGGCCCACACUCUGGGUCUGGAAUACCAUCAAAAGUAUGGGAGCAUUGUACGCGCUGCCCCGAACCUCUUGGCAGUUGAUGAUCCGAUGCUCCUACCGCUCAUCUACCAUCGGCGAGUAGACAAGACCGAUGUCUAUACCGUAGGCGUGCUCGGUGAAAUAGCUCCACCUUCUCAAACUCUCAAACACGAAGAGCAUGCCAUCAAGCGCAAGAGGGUUGCCGCCUCUUUCACCUUGACCAACCUGAAGCAUCUCGAAGGGCAGGUCGAUGAGCGCAUCGUGCAGUGGACUCAUAUUUUGACGCAGCGGUUUGUGGAGACGGGCGAAGAACUGGACUUUGCUGCCUGGUCCCAAUGGUUUGCGUAUGACAUGAUUUGCCAACUCUCCUUUGGCGAGCCCAUCGGAUUCGUUAGCCAGGGGCGCGACGUGGAGAACUUGAUCGCGAAUUUCCAUCAGAUGGCCCCGUUUGCCGCGGUUGUGGGAGCAUUGCCCUGGCUCGCACGCCCAUUCCUGGAGAAUCCCAUCACGAGAAGGUUUUUCAUGCCUAAGCCGGGUGAUGGGUCGGGGACGGGGAAAAUCAUGGCUUUUCGUGAUCGGCUGCUGGCAGAUCGACUGAAUAACCCUCAGGCCCACAAGCAAGGGGACUUCCUGGACAAUAUUCUGAGCGCAACCAACCCGGAUGGGACCCCGAUCACGCUCGAGGAGGUCAAGACCGAGUGUUUCGUGCUCAUGGUCGCAGCCUCAGACACCACCGCCGCUUUCUUCUGUGGCUUUGUGCGUUAUGUCCUUGAGACGCCUGGGGUAUAUGAGCGACUGGUGGCGGAGAUCGACGAGUACGACCAGCGCGGCGACCUCACCUCCCCGGUGCCACGAUACGACGAGAUCAAAGAUAUGCCCUACUUCACAGCCUGCUACAAGGAGACCAUGCGCUAUCAGCCGUCGACCCCGAUGAUCAUUCCGCGCUACGUGUCUCCGGGGGGUCUCACGCUGCACAACCAGCAUAUCCCCGCCGGGACGGAGAUUGGAGCCAACCCGUAUGUGGUGCACCGGAAUCGCCGCGUCUUUGGGGAGGACGCUGAUGUCUUCCGUCCGGACCGCUGGCUGGUGGCCGAUCCGGACCAUAUCGCCCUGAUGGACAAGUGUAUUCUGACCUGGGGAUACGGGACGCGCAUUUGCCUAGGGAAGAACAUCGCCCUGCUGGAGACGUAUAAGCUGCUUGUCCAGUUCUUCCGCCUGUUCAGACCCCAGAUCAAUAAUGGGGCACGACCCAUCUGGAAGCAGGAAAACCUGGCGUUGUUGGUUCAUCACAAUUUCUGGAUCAAGAUUGCGAGCAGAAAGCAUUAG